AUGGGAGAUAGUGACUGGAGACCGUUUAUCUACGGCGGCCUAGCGUCGAUCGUUGCCGAAUUCGGCACAUUCCCCAUAGACACAACAAAGACACGACUUCAAAUCCAGGGUCAGAAGAUAGACCCUCGCCAUGUGGAGCUGCGGUACACCGGGAUGGUUGACUGCUUUGUCAAGACAUCGCAGCAAGAAGGGGUUAAAGCACUCUACUGUGGCAUCUGGCCGGCAGUUCUCCGGCAAGCGACGUACGGGACGAUCAAGUUCGGCACUUAUUACUCGCUGAAGAAGUGGAUAGCGAAGCACCGAGCUGACGGGGGAAGCAUAGAGCACGUGCCCACUAAUACAUUCUGUGCGGCGUUCGCCGGUGGCCUGUCUAGUGCCAUAGCGAACCCUACUGAUGUACUUAAAGUUCGGAUGCAGGUGGGUGAGGAAAAACGGGGCAUAGUUCGAUGUUUUAUAAGCAUUUAUGAGCUGGAAGGUGCUCGCGGCCUGUGGCGGGGCGUAGGCCCCACGUCACAGCGAGCUGCCGUCAUAGCCGCCGUGGAGUUGCCCGUGUACGACGCCUGCAAAAAGAGACUGACGGUUCCUUUAGGAGACACGCCUCUCAAUCAUUUCGCGUCGAGUCUGGUGGCCAGUCUGGGGAGUGCUGUGGCGAGUACACCGUUAGACGUUAUAAGGACAAGACUAAUGAACCAAAGAAAGAUGAAGGGUCAAAUUGCGAACCCUAACGAGAGGAUAUACAAAGGGACUGUGGACUGCUUCCUACAGACUGUACGCAACGAGGGGUUCCUGGCCCUGUACAAAGGGUUCAUUCCAACGUGGCUGCGGAUGGGUCCCUGGAACAUAAUCUUCUUCCUCACGUAUGAACAACUCAAGCAGUUCUACUGA